AUGGUACAAAAUAGUAUUAACUUUAUUGAAAAUCAUAGCACAGCAGCUGAAUUACAUGUACAAACAGAAACAAUUGACUAUAGAGAACCCCCACCACCAUAUUCAGUUUUUCCUAAUAAUGACUCUUCAAUUGUCAGUCAACCAACCAUACAUCAAACGAUUAUAGUGCAAACACCUCUGCAAGAUAAGCCAACUUUCUACAACUGUAAUAACUGUAGAGAAAGGGUUCUGACCAAAGUUGAAAAAGUUAACACAAGGAAAACACAUAUGUUAGCUGGAUUUAUAUGUGGUUUAACAUGCUAUAUGGGACUUGUAGUCUGAAGCAAUCUGACGCAAUCUUCCAUUUUCCGUCAACAGCUACAAUAAGGAAUGUUUGUUGAAAAGGUUUCUUUGUCUCGUCAUUUUGGUACACGACAUCGCCACAAGCCUGGAUAAGAUAGGUGAGUUUAUUGGAGACUAGAUUUUCUGAUAUUGGCUGAGCAUCCAAUGUUUUUAAAACGUGGGUGCUAGCCGGUAAGUCCAUGAGGAAUUUUUGAAUUUUAUCACUGCCGUUUAUUCCGUUUCCAUUCCACACCAAUAGACCAGUGUCUAAAUACAACUUCGAAGUUAGAUGUCGACUAUUAUCUACUUGUUUAUAAAAUACUCUAGUAAAUUCUUCAGCUGUUUCACAUGCAUUGUCAAUAUUUUUCACGACGACUUCCGACAU